CGGUACUAGUGCAAUUUACGACUCGAUGUUCUCCAACACAGCCUGCCCGCCAGACGUUUUCGUGACCACUGCGUCCACCGUGACGGUACACUUACAAUCACGUUCCGUGCAGCUCGGUCAGACCCCUGUAAAACCCCACUCGCCAUGUUUUCCCACUCGACUGCAUCCGUAUCACUCAGCAGCCUUCCCAGUGACCUUCUCAUUGAGAUCGCUGUCCACCUCUGCCCUCUUGACGUUCUAGAGCUUAGAAAGACCUCGAAGACUCUUCGCGACAUAACGUACGAACGAGAUAUAUGGGCGCGCAUAUAUGCAAAAAGCCCACUUCCGCACCCCGGACCGCCUUUGCCGCAGCCUUCUUGGUCCCGCGAAAUCCUGGAGAGUACCAUCAUACGCAGUGCGGCAAUCGAUCACCGCAUGUUCCCGGCCAGUGGCGCGUCGCCGAAAUCAAAGAGGCACAAAAGAGCUUUCCGGUUCAACUCCUCAAACGAGUCUGACUUCAUUCUGGUCAAAGGUCGAUGGGUGAUAUCCAAACAGCAACAAACCUUGCUAUGCCGAGACAUAGAUGCAGCGGACGUCCAACCAUUUGUGGUGCAACGAGUCCCGGAAUCGUACAUGAUCGUUCAGUACGAC